UGGCUCUACAUCCCCUGCCAAAGGGUGCCCAGCUUUUGUAGGUGGGGUGGGGACAUACAGGGGGCUUCUCGGGUGCCAUGGAACAGGUCGACACUCCCACGGUGGCACCACCGGACGCUGUGGACCGGACACCUGCCAGGGGGAUCUGCCAGCACCUGCGAACGUGCCUGCGGAUUAGGGGCGGCCGCGCCACAAUCAUCCAUGGAUACAGCCCCAGAUUAAGGCCCCAGGGCACAGCGAGGACAGGAGGACGGCGUGAGCACAGCGCAACUGUGGGCCCCGCUGCCCUGGUCCAUGGGGUGCCUGUGGGCAGGUCCCCCAGCCAGGGGGCACCCUGUGCCCCACUGCCCCCUGUUCCACAAAGGAGCCCCAGAGAGGAGCGCGACGGCCCUGUGGUAGGCAGAGAGACACGCUUGAGAGUGGUGCUGAGGGUCCGGCCACUGACCUGCACAGAGACACAGCGAGGUGACCGGCGUGUUGUGCACAGCCUUGGUGAUGGCACCAUCCAUGUGAGCGCACCCAGGCACGAUGCCACCUUCGGGUUCAACGCUGUGUUCGAUGCGGGCACCUCCCAGGAGGCCGUGUUCGAAGGCAGUGGAAUGAGGCAACUGGUGGAGCUGGCAAUAAAUGGCUUCUCCUGCACCAUCUUUGCCUUUGGGCAGACCGGCUCGGGGAAAACCUACACCCUGAUGGGACCCUUCACCCAGAAUGAAACCCGGCCAGCGGCCCCAGGGCUGCUGGGGCUGAUGCAGAGAUCCUUUGCCUGCCUCCUGGAGCAGAGCCAGAGCCACGGCUCUGACCUGGCUCUAAGUGCCUCCUACCUGGAGAUCUACAAUGAGCAGGUCCGGGACCUGCUGAGCCCCGGGCCACCGUGUGUCCUGCCCCUGCGGUGGAGCAAAACCCGCGGCUUCUAUGUGGAGAACCAAUUCAGUGUGGACUUCGAGAGCCUGGAGACCAUCACUGAGCUGCUCCUGCAAGGAUCUCAGAGGCGACGAACCUCGGCACACGCCCUCAACAGGCACUCAAGCCGCAGCCACGCUCUUCUGACCAUCCACGUCCGCAGCCGAGCCGUGAGCACGUGUCCUGCUCCGGGCACAUGGGGAGGGCUUGGGGCAACCAGGGGUCUUUGUGCGGGUGCAAACAGCCACAGGGUGAGGGUCACGUCCUCCUCCCCCAAGAUAUGUUGGUGGGACUGGGGGGAGCAGCAGGGAGCCAGAUCCCAGACGCAGGGGUUGGGACGCUGCUGUGGGCCGCGGGAAAGGGGUGAGGAGGGACCAGAGCAUCACCCCCCAACACGGGUCCCCCAGCCCAGCGCGCGCCCCAGCAAGCAGGGCACACUGUGCUUUGUGGACCUGGCUGGCAGCGAGCGGGUGAAGGAGACCGGCUCCAGCGGGGAGCUCUCCGUGGAGGCCAACAACAUCAACCGCAGCCUCCUGGCGCUGGGGCACUGCAUCUCCCUGCUGGCCAAAUCCCAAGGGAAGCAGACACACAUUCCCUACCGUGACAGCAAGCUCACCCGACUGCUGGCCCGCUCCCUGGGCGGCUCAGGAGUCACCCUGAUGGUUGCCUGCAUCUCCCCAUCUUCGCGCUGCCUCUCGGAGACACUGAGCACGCUGCACUAUGCCAGCCGGGCCCGGAAAGUCACCACCAGACCCAUGGCUAACAGGGUGUCCCGGGAAAAGCUGCUGCAAAGCUUGGAGGAAGAAAUCCAUGCCCUGCAGCUGGAAAACCUCUCCCUGCGCCAGCAGCUGUGCCUGCCCAGGGUGCCAAUGAAGAGCAUGGAGGUCCUAGGGACCCUGCCGAGGCCAGGGGCAUGGCCAGGCUGGGGAGGCAGGUACGGCUCCGCGGGGAUGCGUAACUGUCCUCUCAAAGGGCAGCUCCUGGAGGAGGGAGCCCCAGCCUGGCCCAGCCUCUAUGGCCUCCUGAGGGACUUCGUGGUGGAGAAUGAGCAGCUGAGGCAGCCCUGGAUGUCCCCAGACCCCAGCAGUGACAUCCCAGCUGGCCCACACCACAGAGCCACCCACAGCUCCUGUGACAGCCAGCCUCCGCUCCAGAGUGCCCACAUGCCCCGUGUACCCCCCAGCCACCCCACAAGGCUCCGACAGCCCGACGUGACACCCGCCUCUGGCACCCGGCUGCCGGCGAGCAUGGGGGGCCCUGGACUCCAUGGGCAUCCUCAUGUGGGGCUGUGCCCGUGGCAGGGUGAGGAUGCACAACCCGCCCCCCCGCUGCCUCCCGCCAGCCACCCCAGCUGUCCCCAGUGCUACCCCGGGCUGGCUGAUGCCAUCGUGUCCCAGACGCUGCCAGGGCCCUCCCUACCACAGCCAGUCCCCCCUGAGCGGAGCACCAGUGUCCUGCCACCUGGCCAGGAGGACGUGGGUCUGCUUGGGUCCCAUCAGCUCCCCGGGCUCCCCCAGACGCAGCAGGGGAAGCGGAGCCGGGGCAAGAGCAGGAGCUCGUCUCAGCAGCACCAGCUUCCCCAGGAGCUGCUGGGCCCUGCGCAGUGUCCGAGCCCCGAGGGAAGGGUCAUCCCUUCGGCACCACCGUGGCCAGGGUUUUCAGAGCCAAGAGCUGCCAGCACUGUCCCUCUCCUCCAGUGGGAAGAGGCACUGGACUGGCUGGCCGAGCAUAUCUGAGCAGCCGUGCCAUGGCCGGGGCCAGCAGCGGGGACCUGGCACAGCCCACGCACAGUUCUUACACCUGAGGGGACAAACACAGCCCUUGGGGACACAGGGAGCUCAGACUACAAGGACUGCACAGACCAUGGGAUGGAUGAACGGACAGACAGAUGGCUCUCCAGCCUGCACAGCGCUCACGGUUUAUUUCUGGCUAGCUAGGAGCUGUGCUGCUGGCCGCUGCGGCGGGGGCUGCUCAGGUGCUCUCCUCCCCAGGCUAUGGGCAGUCCAGCCAGUACUGGGCGAUGGAGCGGGGGUAGCGAGGCUGCACCAGGUCCACACGCUUGGUGCGCAGAUUGACGCGGUAAUACUUGUCUGGGAGGAAGGGGAGACGGCUGUCAGGGCUGUGGGGCGCUGCCAGCCCUCGCUGCCAGCCCUGGGCACCUUCCCACCGCGUCCUCAGCUCAGGGAUGUUGCAGAGCAAGAGGAAACCUCCCCCUGCCCCGGCAGCCCUGGUUCUGCAUCUCACCCAGAUCCUGCCGCCCCAGACUCACCUCCUGCGAAGAAGUAGACGCUCUGGAGGGUCUCGCACUUGGAGCCCGACAGCCAGUCGCUUUCGACACCCGCGGAGUCGGAGUCAUUUUCCAGCCAGCCCCAGAAACCCAAAUUCAGUGACCGGUGGUUCUUGUACCUCUUGCGCUGGCGGCGAGACUUCCUCCUGCGGGGCUGGUGUGUGGCCACGUAGAUCCUGCCGGCCAUGGCGGCAUCCAGCCGACUGGGCACCCCCUGCCAGUCCCGGCUGAUGUACCGCGGGCUGCUGGCCCCGGCUGGCAAAGAGACAGAGGGUGAGUCAAAGGGGCAGCGAGGUGUUGGGGUGAUCCCAGCCCCACAGGCAGCUCCCCGGACCCACUCCGAGACCCACGGGGACACUCCAAAGGAUCCCAGCAUGGAUGGAAAUGUGUGACAGGGACACGGACCAAGCAGAGCCGGGAGUAGCCCCUCAUUCCACCCUUGGCUGGGAUCAGCCCUGUGCUGCUGAGCCCCCUUCUCUCCAGCUUUCAUUUCUCUUGCUCAGGGCUGGGGUUUUGCUCUGGCAUCUCCGCUGGGAAUAAACCAUCCCCAACAGUGAC